CUACUCCAUUAAAUUAAACCUCAUCUUUAUUAACACAACAACUAAGAAACUCAAUAGCUGCAACUAUGGCAGCAACAAUGGCUGGUGUGAGUCUUUCAACUCCUAGAGUAAUUUUCAACAGACCAGAGUCACUUCAAAAGUCUCAAACCAUCAGGUUCGCACCCGUGUUCGCGCUCAACCAAAGGAGAACAGGCACAGUCAGUUCAGGCAGGAUGGUAAGCAUUCGACCAGUACAGGCAUCACCGGACAGCAUAACUGGAAAGGUGGAAGAGAGCAUAAAGAACGCGGAGGAGGCAUGUGCCGGAGACGCCACUAGUGGCGAGUGUGUGGCGGCGUGGGAUGAGGUGGAGGAACUGAGCGCGGCUGCAAGCCACGCCAGGGAUAAGAAUAAGGGGUCGGACCCUCUUGAGGAAUACUGCAAGGAAAAUCCGGAGACUGAUGAGUGUCGCACUUACGAUAACUGAUUGAAAUUUGAUACUAUCAGUUCAAGUCAAAACUCCAUUAUAUUAUCUUUUCUGUUGUGUAUUAAUUUUUAAUUAAGGUUGAAUAAUUCACAUAUACUCCCAUCUUUACAAGUAAA